CAGUAACCGAAGUUAAGAAACUCGACUUAGCGAUAUCGCUAAUGUGACCUCAAAGUUAACACUUUGUAUGCUGCUGAGUCAGCGAGCCCCAAGUUGCCUGCGGGUGGCCUCACUGGCCUGUGCAGUGGCUGCCGAGACAGGGAUGUGCCACGUCUCGGCGCGACGACAAUCAUUGGAGGGGUGACGUGCAUUGUGCUCCGAAGGAAGCCUGGGGCAACGACGACCGAGUUUCGCGACUGCUAGUUCGGACCGGCACGGGCGCGCCCAGGAAACCGCUCUCUCAGCAACCGAGAUUACAGAAAUCGUGGAAAUUUGUUGUUGGUAAACGACGGGGGCCAUUGCACCGCUCGAUACGAACGACGGCAUCGGGUCCACCAAGAUGGCUCCGUCAUCGAGUCAGAAGGGGACUGGCAAGAAAGGGGGCGCCGGCGCCAUUCGCCAACAACAGCAGCAGCAGCAGCAGCGCAGCCGCAACACCACUCCUGGCGCGUCGCCUGCUGUCGCCAGCUUGCCCCCCGUCGAGACGGUCGAGACCGAGACCAUCGACCUGCGUUUCGAAGUCUUCCGCAACCUGACCUUCGAGGACAUGGUUGAUCCUGCCGCCUCCAACACCCUGUCGCCCGACUCCAAAAGCCUCGACGGCAUCUUGUCCCGAUUGCAGCGGUUGAGCGAUAUAAUUGACAAGCGGGGAACCAACUGCGACCGCGGAAUGAGGCUCCUCGCCCAGACCCGGAGGCAGCGGCUGGACGAGCAGGCCUUGGAGCGCGGGCGCGAAGAGGAGCGGAGACAGCGCGAGGCUGAGGAUGAGGAGCGCGAGCGGAAAGCGAACAAGAAGAAACGGAAGGGAACGGAUAGUUUGGCACCCCAGAGCAGGAACACAGAUAUAUCGUCUCCUCUGCGCGACUCGACUGGAAAAUCAAGGAAGCUGUCUCGCGACAACGAUUCGGCCAGCUCGUCGCUUUCACCUGUCGCUCCACGGACUCCGAGCAAUAUGGAUGUCGACGACAAGGCGAAAGCCGAGGCAAACGACGACGACUCUAGCUCUUCCGACGAGGGCCGCCCGCCCCCUCCAGCGCGACCGCAGGCCAACACGUUUGGCGAUGACCCGUCUACAUUCCCCGAUCCGACCGUCUACGAAAUCUUGCCGGUCAAGCCAGGCAUGACCGAGGAAGAAAUAAAACAGAUCUAUUCAGUAGCCAGUUAUCCGAAGAGUGACCUCUCAGAUCUGAUCGCCGGCGACCCCCCGGACAAAGAUUUCAGCAAUGCCAAGCCCAGUAACCAAAUCAAUUUCAGCACUUUCAGCACUUACAUUGAGCCCUACUUCCGUCCGUUCACCGAGGAAGAUCUGGCCUUUCUUAGAGAGCGAGGCGACCGUGUAACACCGUUCGUCAUGCCCAAACGGGGCAAGAAACACUACACCGAAAUAUGGGCAGAGGAAGACGGCAACAUGGCGAUCGACUCAUCCCCACCAGGCGGCCGGGACAGGCUUCCUCCCAACCAAGCGCGCGGCAGCAUCGAGAAUAUGGAUGACGAAGUAGCCGAGACAGAUAAGCUCUCAGUCGGCCCGCUCCUCUCACGACUCCUCCAAACCUUGCGCCACGAGCACCGUGUACAGCCAGCCGAGGACAGGCCCGGCAUGGCCAACGGAAUUAAUGGUGAAGGCGAUGGCGUAAACGGCACCGCCUCCUUCGACUUUAGCUUCAGCGAUAACCCGUCCGGCCCAACAUCCAAUGGCCAAAUUGAUGGGAUCAACGGCGCCGCAACCUCACAGCCACUCAACGCCAACACGUCGUCCGAUCAACAACAAGUCCAAACCCAGACCUUCCCCGCAGCAACCUGCAUGCCCGAAUCAAACACGGAAUCCUGGAAGAAGGGAACGCACCCAAAGCUGGACUACUUGCAAGUCGACGAGCGCCUCAAGCAGGAGUUGCGGCACCUUGGCUUCCUCCCGCCGCUGCCUCACGACCCGGCCAACCCGUCGGCGCCGCCGCAGCCCGACCCGUCGGCCACGGCCGAGUACGACGGGCACUACGACGACGAGGUGGCGGCGCGCCUUCGUCUGCUGCAGGCCCGCCUGCGCGAGCAGGCCCUCCUCAACGGCGCCCGCAAGGCCCGCCUGACGGAGCUCGUCAAGGAGCGCAUGGCCUACCAGGAGUACCAGACCAUCCUGGAGGAUCUCGACUCGCAGGUCCAGGCCGCCUACCUCAAGCGCACGCGCACCAUGGGGAAGAAGCCUAAGAAGGCCCGCCCCGGCCAGGCCGUGCCUGCUGGCGCGAGCGGCGCCGGCGGUGCCGCUGCUGGUGCUGCCGGCGGUCCCACUGCCGGCAUGGCCAGGCCCGGCAUCGGCGAUCUCACAAAGACGCUCAUGGAAAGGAGGCGACGGUGGAUCGAGAGCAUUGGGACCGUGUUUGAUGAUGAGGGUAUUGCCAAAGUGCCCCGUGCCAGUGACCCCGGAAGCACAAUCUUCAAACCGGCCGAGAUGGCUGAGCUGCUGAAGAGGGAGAAGGAGGCUUGGGAUGAGGAGGUGGAAGAGGAGUGACUUACACUAGGCAAGGCUGGGGUAGCAGGGUUGGGCUGGGCUUUCGCGGUCUUAUUCUGUGCUGCUGUUAAUCAGACGGAUUUGAUUUGGG